GUCAAAAGAAUCAAAACCUGUCUCCCCCCUCCGAGAAAAUAUCACUUCCACAGGCCACUCUCUCUCUCUCUCUCUCUCUCUCUCUCUGUUUCUGAAAAGCUGAUCCAAUCCAAUGAACUGCCUCCAGAAUCUCCCGAGAUGGUCGCCCUCGCCGUCGCGCUCCGGAUUCGGAUGCCCCCGCCACGUCAAGCCGCCGCCGCCGCCGCCGUGCUUUCUCAGGAUCACCGGAGCGGUGGAUAGUGCAGAUCGCCCGAGGAGCCUGGCUUUGAAGGCGGUGUCGGGAUCUACACCGAGCACGGAAAUGAGCAGCUCUGAAGUGGAGGAGGAGAAGUCAGAGGAGUAUAGCUCCACUAUGACAGAAGCAAUGGGUGCUGUCUUGACUUAUAGGCAUGAGCUAGGAAUGAACUACAACUUCAUCCGACCAGACUUGAUUGUAGGUUCGUGCCUACAGGCUCCAAAAGAUGUGGACAAGCUCCGUGCUAUUGGAGUGAAGACCAUUUUCUGCUUGCAGCAAGACCCAGAUUUGGAAUACUUUGGGGUUGAUAUUAAAGCAAUCCGAGACUAUGCUGAAACAUGCGAUGACAUUCAACACUUGCGGGCUCAGAUAAGAGAUUUUGAUCCAUUUGAUUUGCGGAUGCGUCUCCCAGCAGUAGUCAGCAAACUUUACAAGGCCAUCAACCGGAAUGGAGGUGUCACAUAUAUACAUUGUACUGCCGGACUUGGAAGGGCUCCUGCUGUGGCGUUGGCAUACAUGUUCUGGGUUCAGGGAUAUAAACUCGGUGAAGCUCACAGAUUAUUACAGAGCAAACGUUCAUGCUUUCCCAAGGUGUAUGCCAUAAAAAGUGCUACUGCUGAUAUUUUUACAGGCUUUAAAAAGAAGCCAAUCAGCCUGACAUGGCAAGGUUACAACUCUUCCAUUGUGGAAGUUUCUGGACUUGAUAUUGGAUGGGGCGAGAGACUUCCUUUGCAAUUUGAUGAGGAACAAGGACUGUGGAAACUCACAAGAGAACUGCCGGAAGGAGACUACGAGUACAAGUACAUCGUUGAUGGUGAAUGGACGUGCAACAAACAGGAGCUUCUCACUUCUCCAAACAAGGAUGGCCAUGUGAACAACUAUAUCAAAGUCCUUGGUGAUGAUCGUAGCAGUGCCGGUGCAGCACUGCGAAAUAGGCUGAAUGCUGAUGAUCCUGAUCUUACAAGAGAUGAGCGUCUGCAAAUUCGACAAUAUCUCGAAGCUUACCCAGAUGAAGAGUAAAAAGUCGCCAGCAAGUUAACUCCACGGGCCCCGACCCUUAAGAAAGGAAGAAAGAAGAGUUCUCCGCCGGGAAGAAGCAAGCUCAUUAUUUCUGGAAGCUAUUAUACAGGAAAAUAAUUCUUCUUUUGCAGGGAACGUCCUAUAUAUAUCAUAUAAGAUAAAAUUAGUCUAUCAAAUGGUGAAGAAAUAAGGAAUUUUCAGUGUACGUGACUCUCGAAAGUUCUUUCAGCUUUAGCCCAUGAAAUAAGGUCAUGUUUAUAACCUGUGUAUAAUCAGAUGCGCUUAUGAACUUAGAUGAGCACAUUUAUGAAUAAAAAUAGUCAGAAGUACAAGUUUUGCA